CAAGCUACAUCCUGAAGAAGAAGACUUUCACAGUCCUUAUUCUGACCACAGGAACAUGACUUUGAGGCUUUGCUGUGCCUGGAUUUUCAUCCUCCUCCUUCCUGGCCUCUCAGAUGGAGGGAAACUCCUGGUAUUGCCCAUGGAUGGAAGUCCCUGGCUUAGCAUGCGGCCACUGGUUGAAAAGCUCAGCGAGAGAGGACAUGAAGUGGUGGUGAUUAUACCAGAAGUAAGCUGGCAGAUGAAAGUGGCACAGGCCUACACAGUGAAAACAUACCCAGUGUCUUACACAUUAGAAGACCAGAAUAAUGGCUUUUCUGAGUACAUUGCAACUCACCUGAAGGACCUGCCUUUCCCACUGAACACCCUAGCAAUAUACAACAACUCAGUGCAUGUUUACCGGUUACUGUUUAAUCAGUGCAAGAACCUGUUCAGCAACAAGGAGCUCCUUCAGUAUGUGAAUCAAAGCAGCUUCGAUGCUCUCCUAACAGACCCCAGCUUUAUGUGCGGACCAGUGCUCGCUCAGUAUUUUUCUCUUCCAUACUUGCUCUUUAUGAGAGGAUUUCCUUGCAACUUACACUACGAUGCAUCGCAGUGCCCAAGUCCUCUGUCCUACAUACCCAGGCUAUUUACCUUCAACUCUGACCAAAUGACCUUCUUGCAGAGAGUGGAAAACGCGCUGAUUUACCUCCUGGAGCCUGCGUACUGUAACGGUUUCUACGAAACCGCAUUAGAGUUUGCUUCUGAAAUUCUUCAGAGGGAUGUGUCCCUCAUAGACCUCGUGGACUCUGCUUCCAUUUGGCUUCUGAGAUAUGACUUUGUGUUUGAGUACGUCAGACCAGUGAUGCCCAAUAUGGUCUUUAUUGGAGGUAUAAACUGCGCUGAGAGGAAACCACUGUCUAAGGAAUUUGAAGCUAUUGUGAAUGCCUCUGGAGAACAUGGCAUCGUUGUCUUCUCCCUGGGCUCCAUGGUCUCUGAGAUUCCUAUAAAGAAAGCCAAAGAAAUUGCAGAUGCCUUGGGAACAGUUCCUCAAACGGUUUUGUGGCGAUACACAGGACAGGUGCCCCCCAACCUGCCCAAGAACGUAAAGCUCGUCAAAUGGCUGCCCCAGAACGACCUUCUAGCUCACCCUAAGACUCGUGCCUUUAUUACCCACGGAGGCUCCCAUGGCAUUUACGAGGGCAUAUGCAAUGCAGUGCCAAUGGUGCUAAUGCCUUUGUUUGGAGACCAGAUGGACAAUGCGAAGCGAAUAGAGUCACGGGGAGCAGGACUGACACUGAACGUACUUGAAAUGACUACAAAGGACAUAUCCACUGCUCUGCAAACAGUUAUUAAUGACAAAAAGUACAAAGAGAACAUCAAGCGUCUCUCAGACCUUCACCUCGACAGGCCCAUCCACCCCAUGGACCUGGCUGUGCACUGGGUAGAAUUUGUAAUGAGGCACAAAGGAGCCCCACACCUCCGACCUGCUGCUCAUGACCUGAACUGGAUCCAGUACCACUCCCUGGAUGUCUUCGCCUUCCUCCUCGUCGUGGCCCUCCUCUCCCUCUUCAUUUCUCUGAAGUGCUGCCUGUUCUGCUGCCGCAGGUGCUUCUCUAAGAAGGGAAGAACAAGAAAGCCAACCAAAUCCAAGUCCCACUAGCAGGUGAAACCAAUGGUAGGAGAUAAGCCUCUGCUCCAGACCAGAUGAUCAGAGAACAUCCCACAUUUCACUGACUGCUGGCUUCUGGUCAAGAAAUAAGAGUUCCUUUAAAUUAGCACCAUGGGAAGAGUUGUUUCACUGGUAUAAUUGUUGCCUUUAAUUAAGAAUUGGUUGUUAAAAUUACUUUGUGUAGGAGUGCUUCAGUCACUUGGGAAGAUAUCAGUGUGAAGUCCAAGGCUCCUGGCUUCCACAUCUUGGCGUACAGAGGACUCACGCUGACUUCUUUUUUUUACCUCUAUAUGCAAUGGAGAGAUAUAUAUACAGGGAUUUCAUAAGACACUGCUUCAAGGGCUUUAGGAGAACCAUUUGCCCUAGUUUAAGGCUGUCAGGUUUACCAAGCACUUUGAAACCUUUGUGUAGCUGCUGUUGUAGAAGAGGCAAAUGUUAUACACUGACAAUAUGUGUCACAUAAGCCAGCUAGAUGCACAUCUUCCAUGGGUUUUGUGUGUGCUUACAAUCCCCUGAACAAAACUAAGGUUUUGGCAGGGAAGUCAUUGUAAAGCCACUGGUGUUUCACCCAAGCUCCCCAUCAGGCAGAGUGCUGUAUCUGGAGCUUACCUGUUGGGUGAUCAGAGCUUUGUAAGCAUUGUUUAUAAAACCCAAUUGAUGUACUUGUUGUAAGUGUUGCUCAGGUAAAGACCCAAAGCCCAGCCUUACAAAUAAAUCACCAGUUCUAACAA